GACGACAGGAAGUGGUUGCUAAGUCUCCUGGGGUGGCAGAAUUUAAGGAAAGAUGGCCUGCCCUCUUCGAACCAUUCCAGGUAAAUGAUUUAUCACUCUAUUUUUCCUGACCAAGUUUCCAUUGUGACUUGGACAUGACAUACUAGACUCACUUUUUGCCUGAAGAUGUAUACUAAAACCCUUAAUGUCAGUAACGGUCAACAUUUGCUGUCUUACAGAUUAAAGGGGAACAUUAUCACCAGACCUAUGUAAGCGUCAAUAUAUACCUUGAUGUUGCAGAAAAAAGACCAUAUAUUUUUUUUACCGAUUUCCGAACUCUAAAUGGGUGAAUUUUGGCGAAUUAAACACCUUUCUAUUAUUCACUCUUGGAGCGAUGACGUCACAACGGGAAGCAAUCCGCCAUUUUCUCAAACACCGAGUCAAAUCAGCUCUGUUAUUUUCCGUUUUUUUUUACUGUUUUCCGUACCUUGGAGACAUCAUGCCUCGUCGGUGUGUUGUCGGAGGGUGUAACGACACGAACAGGGACGGAUUCAAGUUGCACCAGUGGCCCAAAGAUGCGAAAGUGGCAAGAAAUUGAACGUUUGUUCCGCACACUUUACCAACGAAAGCUAUGCUACGACAGAGAUGGCAAGAAUGUGUGGAUAUCCUGCGACACUCAAAGCAGAUGCAUUUCCAACGAUAAAGUCAAAGAAAUCUGCCGCCAGACCCCCAUUGAAUCUGCCGGAGUGUGUGAGCAAUUCAGGGACAAAGGACCUCGGUAGCACGGCAAGCAAUGGCGGCAGUUUGUUCCCGCAGACGAGCGAGCUAAACCCCCUGGAUGUCUUGGCUCACACCGUCCCUUAUGCCACCGAAGAUGAUCAAGAGAAGAAUAUCGACCCUAGCUUCCCUGGCCUGCUGACAUCAACUCCAAAACUGGACAGAUCAGCUUUCAGGAAAAGAGCACGGAUGAGGGUACACUCCAAAACUCCUGGAGCUCUUCAGUGCAAAAGGAGGAGUGACUGGUCAGCGCAUCAAGAACUUGUUGAUGGAACUGAUACAGGACCCAAGUGCCUCUGCAGUGAUGAAGAGAGAUGUGACUCUGAGAUGCCACGGAGACUACAUGGGAGAGAGUGGACAGGAGCUAAUCUCUGACUACUGUGUAAGUAUUGUUUAAAAGCAGGUUUGGAUCAGUCUGAUGUACAAGCUUGAAUUGGGUUUACUUUUAUGUGAACUGACUGAACCAGCAGUUGUCAGGUGGAGGUCCAGCAUGCAGCUAGUUGGCAGGAGCCCCAGGAUAGCCAAUUAGCAUAGCACCACAGAGUGAUGCCUUUCUGUCUUGUGUUUCUGUUUGCCCUAAAAAAAACAAUGCAAACAAAAAAUACUCCCCUUAAACAAGCAUUAAAACAUUUACUCCAGUGAUCCUCAACAGGCGGACCGCGGUCCAUGUCCGGACCCAGCACGAAUUAUAGUGUAAAAAAAUAAAAAUAAAAAUAAAAAAUUAUUAUAAUUAUAAUUAUUAUAAAAAAAUAUAAUAAUUGUAUUUAUCUUUGCGUUAUCGCUAGCGCAAGUCAACGUUCUUUGUUGUUUUUAGUCAAAUGUUUCCACGUUUCGUUUACACUUCUCCGUGUCUCACUCACUCCGUCUCUCUCCCUCUCUCUCUCUCUCUCUCUCUCUCUCAGAGAGCGCGAGAGAACGCCACUCUGAUUGGCUGAUUCCGGGGUAUGGGUUGUCCUCUCUAUCACAACGACGCGCUGAUAGGCUGUUACCACCUGGGUCAUACACAUGUGCACAGUGCAGACCAAUGUGUCUAAUAUGCAACAGUACUGUUGCUCUGGUGAAAAGUGAAAAUCUGAAACGUCACUAUCUGAAAGAGCACCGCGAAUUUGAAGAGACAUUUCCUCAUGAUUCAGAGCUAAGAAAAAAAGAAAUCACGAGGCUGAAAAAGUCAUAUGAAACAUCAAGCAAGAUUUUUGUUAAAUCUAUGACACAACAACAAAUAGCAACAGAGUGCUCACUCAGAGUGGCAUGGCUUUUGGGUAAACACAAGAAGCCAUUCUCUGAUGCAGAAAUAAUUAAAGAAUGCUUGACUGAAGUGAUGGGUGCCAUGUUUGAAGGCAAAGAAAAGGAGGAAAUGACAGCUAAAAUAAAUCAAAUCCCACUCUCUGAUGCCACAGCUACCAGACGUACUGAAAUUCUGGCUGGUGAUUUGUCCAAGCUGCUUUGUGAUGGAAUAAAAAAUGCAGAGUGCAUAUCCCUAGCAGUGGAUGAGUCCACUGACACCACUGACAAUGCUCAGUUGUUGGUGUUUGUGAGGUAUUGUGAUGAGGAAAAGGGGGAGUUUAUUGAAGAUGUUUUGAGCCUGGCAAACCUCAGUGGACAAACAAGGGGAGAAGACAGCUAUAAAACAAUAUCAGAAAUGCUGAAUGAAAAAGGGAUAGAUCUGAAGAAAGUUGUGUCCAUUGCUACUGAUGGAGCUCCAGCCAUGUUGGGGAGAGAGAAGGGACUGGUUCCGCGUCUGAGAGAACACCACCCUGGCCUGAUAUCUUAUCACUGCAUAAUCCACCUGUCUGUCCUUUGUGCAAGUCUUGGAGAAGUGUACUCUGAAAUCAUGACAACAAUGAUGAAACUCAUAAACUUCUUGGGAGCAUCAUCUGCACUGCAGCACCACUUGCUGCGCACAUUCCUAACAGAGGUAGAUGCUGCUUUUGAUGAUUUGCUCGUGCACAACAACGUCAGAUGGCUGAGCAAAGGCAGGGUCCUGGAGCGUUUUUGGGCCAUUAGAGAAGAGCUGCAAGUGUUUCUGUCCCAGCAAAAUAGCGCAAAAGCAAAACAGUUACUGGAAUUUCUGCAAAAUGCUGGGAAAAUGGAAGCUGUGGCAUGUUUGGCUGAUAUAACCUCCCAUCUCAAUGACCUAAAUCUCAAGCUACAGGGGAAGAAGAACACAGUGUGUGAGCUGAUGUCAGAAGUCCCUGCCUUCCAGAGGAAGCUGGAGCUUUUCAAAAGUGACAUACAGGAGGAACUGCUCCACUUCCCCAAACUUCUGGAACUGACCAAAGGAGAGGGAGAUCAUCAGUGCCAUUUGGAAUUCUUGGAAAAAAAUCAUUCCAAAUUUCAAGACUCGCUUUGAUGGCUUCAUUUUGGGAAAACAAGUCCUGCUGUUCAUUGAAAACCCAUUCCUGAUCAGAAAUGUGAGUGUGUUCUCUGCAGAAGCAAAACAAGUCUUCCCAUGGGCCAGAGCUGCUUCACUGCAGACUGAGCUCAUUGA